AUACUUUUCAUGCAAGAAUAUUUGUAGCAAAACAGGUCCCUCGGGUCCUGUGAGAUACAUGCUUUCUCCAGUCUUCGUUGACAUAUUAGAUGGAACCUUAUGGCAUAGGUCUUAUUGUUUGUGUGCUUGCCCACCUUUCUGGUCCAUCAGCUGGUUACCCCAAUGGAAAAGUACAAGAGGCCUGUAACAGUAUGGUGCCACUCCACGGACAUUCUUCACCUCAACCAUUUCCAAAGCACAUCAUUGAAGUGAAUGUGACACACUUUAGACCGGGCGAUCACUUGAAAGUGACCUUGUCAGGGCCUGCGUUUGAAGGUUUCUUUCUACAAGCCCGUAGUGCCAAGAACUUAAGGGGUCCUGCCAUCGGCUCUUUUGUACUAGCUGACAAAAGGAAAUCUCAGCUCCUCACAUGUGGGCAUGUGAAGAAUUCAGCUGUCAGUCAUACAAGUAAAUCUAAGAAAACCCAUAUAGAUGUCUAUUGGAUUGCUCCUAAAGAUGCACCGGAAACAGUACAGUUUCUUGCCACAGUUGUAGAAAAACUUAGAACUUUCUGGGUAAAAAUUCCUAGUCCUAUAAUUUCCCAGCCUACUACACCAGUUUGGAUAACGACGACCGAGUCUAUUCCAUCAUCUCCACCAAUUUCCCAUUUAACUGAACCAUUCAAUGCUUCAGACUGCGGCAAUACCAAGUUCUGUCUGAGAAACCCUUCAGAUUGUGAUCCUAAAGCCAAAGAUUGCUUCUUUCUGGCCUUCAAGCAAGACCAUAGCAUGAUGCUAGUUGAAAUGAGUGGUCCAAGUGAAGGCUAUAUUGCAUUCGCGCUGUCUCAUGACCAGUGGAUGGGUGGUGGUGAUGAUGCAUACUUCUGCAUUAGUGAUGACCAUCAUGUUGGCAUAAAUACAGCCUCUCUGACUGGGCGCAGUUAUCCAGCUUUUGACUCUGAGGGUGCUCUUGAAGAAAUGUCAUGGAGGCUGGCAGAUGGUCUUAUUCAGUGUUCUUUCCGAAGGAAAACCCGUCUUUCCGCUUUUCAAGGAAGGUUUAAUCUGGAUGCAGACUACUACAUAUUUCUGGCAGAUGGUGAAGUUAGUGAAGGCGGUACCAUCCAUAAACACCACAGACAGCCUCUGAUGACCAAUAGAAAAUACAGCGUUACAGGCCCCCCAAAAGAUAUUGGAGGAUCCCGCUCUCCAUUCCUCAUCAAGGCACAUGGUGCACUGAUGUUUGUUGCAUGGAUGAGCACAGUUAGCAUCGGUGUCAUUUUUGCCCGCUUCUUCAAGCCAGUUUGGCCUCAUUCAUUGUUGUUUGGAGAAGAGAUCUGGUUUCAGGUCCAUCGUAUGCUAAUGAUGAUAACAGUGUUACUCACAAGUGUAGCUUUUGUUCUUCCUUUUGUAUACCGUGGAGGUUGGAGUUGGCAAGCAGGCUUUCAUCCAUACCUUGGUUGUACAGUGAUGGCUUUGGCAUUCAUCCAGCCUGUUAUGGCAGCAUUCAGACCACCUCCCCAAGCACCGAGAAGGCAAAUUUUUAACUGGCUACACUGGAGCACUGGUACAACUGCUAGAAUUCUAGCAGUGGUAACAAUGUUCCUGGGGAUGGAUUUGCCAGCUCUCAAUCUUCCAAAUCCAUGGGACACACAUACCAUGAUUGGAUUUGUGGCUUGGCAUGUUGGUCUUGACGUUCUUCUGGAGAUACAUAGCUACUGUCUCAUUCGCAAAGUUGAAGUGUUAGAAGAUGAUAGGAUACAAAUUUUGCAGUCUAUUACCUCAGCAGAGGCCGAGGGCCAUACAUUUAAAAAGACAGUGUUAAUCAUCUACAUUUGUGGUAAUAUAGCAUUUCUCAUCAUCUUCCUGGCACGAAUUGGACAAGUAUGAUGACAAAGCUGACUAGAGUUUGUGAAAAAAUUAUCCCAUGGAGGCCUGCCUCAAAGUCGACGUGCACAUGAAACUUUCACAUGUCAGUUCAGGAUUUAAGAAAUCUCACAUGUGAAUUUAGUUCUGUCUUCUACACAGUGGUCUAAGGGCAAAACUAGACAUUCUUCACAAACAUAUGGUUUCAAACCCUGAUAAAGUUCUGCCUGAAUCUCCGUCGCUACUGUAUGCCUUGUGUCUUCGUUCCUACCCUGUGGCCUCAGCUGAUGGUUCCAGACAGAGGAUCUUCACUUGUGAAAAGCUGGGUGUUCUUUGUUCCAGGGCCACUUACUCAAUGAACUAGACUGUCUGGAGUCUAGUUUAGAUUUCAACCUUUGUGUAAUCUGCAUUUUCUCCCAAGUCCACAUGCCCUCAUAGUGUCUUUUAACUUGCAACCAUCUCUGUGGUAACAUAGAAGGACAUGGGAUGCAUUCUUACUUUGAUCUGAACAUCAGAGUAUGGCUUAUGGUCCACACACCUCCCUGCUCCCCACCCCAGUUAUUUGCAGGUUCUUAUUAUGUCAUGAAGGUAGACUUUAAAAAAUAAAAGCUUUUCACAAGAGGUUAUCUUCUACUGAAACGCCAAGAGAAAAUACAGGAAUUCAAGACAUUUGGUACAAAGAUGACUUUGGUUGUUGAGGACUGCAGCAAUUGUUACAUUUGGAACAACUGGUUGUGAAUUUUAAGGAAGUGAGAGAGAAUGACUUAGAUGGAAACCUCAUGGGUGUCAAAUAUCAAUCGUGUCAUUUUAGCAGUGGGAGACCCAACACUUUUGUAAACUGAAGGGAGCAGAUGGUGAAGAGACACUUGGAAUUCAAAGUAACAGAAAGUGAACUCACGCUUACUUCUCUGAAAUGUCCAAUGUGCCUGUGAUGCUAAGUCUGUCUUCAUCCUAAAUGUUUUUUCAAAAGAUAAUGCGUGUUACAGUGAAAAUUGAUCCUGUAGAACUCUUCAUUAACUUGCAAUCUCUACCACCUAAAGACUGACUAUAGAUUUCUUUGUCUUCUGAAAGAGAACUGAUAUUUUAUUUAUGUAAGCCGAAUCCAUCUAACACCUGUUUGGCUGACUUGCUUUCACUAUUCACUUCAUUUUAUAUAGUCCAAUCACAGGAUCAUGAUUAACACUGGGUUCUUUGGCUGUGUUGGAUUCCAGUGCUUCAGAUGUUUUAAAAAUCGUAAUAGUGUGAGUUGUCUAAAUUAAAAGAUUUGU